GUGCAAAAGUAGUGCCCUUAAAUCUGCUCGUAACAAAAAUCGUGGUAUAUAAGAGAGGAAAAACCUGCACGAGAAAACCCCAGAUCAGUUGUUGGACUACGCGCAACAGCUGACCUUGUCGGCACGACACGUUGGGCCAGCCAACAUAUUUUUCCCAUCCGUUAUUUAAUGCUAUAACCCUAAACCAGUUCACAAUUGUUGGAGGCCUAACAAAAGGUUGUCAUGCAGUUUCAGGCUGCACUGUUGGCAGGCAAAACACCACAUGGCUGUUGGAACUAUUUGGAGAUUCUCUGCGGCCAUACUGACACUUGUCACCGCCUGUAUCGCUGCAGCACCGGAUGUGUCGUGUUUCGACCGUAUGACAUCAGUCAGUCCCUCUUCGGCGCAGAUAUGGCUGAAACAGUACUCGCAGGAUGAAUGCAAAAUCGCUUGUCGCUAUGCAUUGGAACUGUACGAUUUUCGCUGCUCGUCUAUUGGACACUACGCCGACACACUGGACUGCGUCCUCUACGGAGACGAAAGUGUCACCGUCACUCAUGCCAAACGAUGGACCUCAACGACUGUGCCAUCGGGAACCGCAACGCUCUUCAAGAAUUCAUGCGAAAAACCAACUUAUCAGUGCGUCGAUGAAAUCAACAAGUGCGCUUACCAGAAAACUGGGCUGUGCCAAGAUAAAAACCUUUUGACGAAUAAAACAACCACUGUCAGCGGCAAUACCUGUCAAUCAUGGAGCGGCACCAAAUAUCCCAACGUGGGCACACACAACUUUUGCGUCAAUCCCGAUAACUCUGAUGGUCCAUGGUGCUAUACGACGAACCCGAAGGAAAGGUGGGGUUACUGUUAUCCAGACUGCCCAACGGACACGUUGACCUGCGUCAAUGAGGUUGAUCAGUGUGCUGUGGCUGGUAGUCCUAUAUGUCAGCGGGAUAAGUAUACUGGCACGAAAUCGACUACCUUUAGCGGAUUUACUUGCAAAAACUGGCAACUAACCAGAUUCGCUGCGGUGGGCAAUCAUAACUACUGCCGAAAUCCCAGCGGAGACGAUGCGCCUUGGUGUUAUACGGAAACAAGUUGGGACUACUGCUUUGCUCGAUGUGACGUUCAGCAAUGCCCCACUGUGGCUUCGAAUCCGGCUUUGACAAUAGUUAAGAUGAAACAAUGGCAGGAUGGUCAGUUAGACGUUAAUAACUUUUUCCCGGACGAUUUCACCAGUCCUCUCAACAUCAGUGUCACCGUACAACAAUCGGGACAGACCUUUACAUUGACCAUCAAUAAUUGGUCACCCCGGGCUUUAACCGAGCUGCGUUGCCGAAUUCUCUUCAGGACAAGCGGAAAAGCGCCCAUCGAUGUUGUCGUGCCUGGCCCCAUAAACGACUGGACCGUGUAUCAAUAUCAGACAAAUAUUCCUGGAUUGGUGGACGUUGCAGAUAUUGAUACUGUAAAGGUUAUCUUUCCUUUCCCAUGGUAUUCAAUCGUUUUGGUCGGAUAUGGCAGGCUGGCGACGGACGAUGCAAAAUUCCUGAGCGCAACAGCAAAAGAAAAGCAAGUUUUCGCUCGACUUGUUUCUGACUUUCGGAUUCUGUUUCAUCUGCCAAAAUAUCGUUUAUGGAUGUUGGGCUAUCGGAUGAUGCAGAGCGACCCUGUUCGACAUGGGCGACUGUCCGACUACGACCGAAAAGCAGACACUUACCUUGUAACUCUGCCGCAGAAGCUGGACGCCGGUGGCGGUGGUCUGGCGAAAUUGGGUUACGAUGACCCGCGGCCGGAGCGGAAAUGGACCGGAUCCUGGGCUUCGAUAGCCGCCGGACGUGUUACGAACUACUUAUCCGGCUGGAUGAAAGAUCCUUACUGGACACUGGAGCAUGAACUGCAGCACAAUCAUGGAUGGAGUGAUCGGGAAUUUGAAAUGCAAGCCACGCAAUAUUUCAUGCAGGAACUGGCUAAGGAAGCAUAUGCCGGUUGCUUACUGCGUUGGUUCAAAGCACCGUUGGAACGCUACGAAGACACAGCAUUGCUCAGCGCUUUCCAGAAUCCCGAGGACGGACUAGUUUACGUAUUUUCGGCUUACACGUACCGGACAAUAGAUCUAAACGGGUUUAUUACGGAUGCCGGUCGGCAGAGUACUUUCGGAGGUAAUCCAUUUGGUGGUGAUUGCACUGUUCCUGGUUUGGACUGUUACCGUCUGCAGAUUCCCAAGUGCAAGAACGUAACAGCCUAUACUGGCACCAAGAGUACAACUCUGUCUGGGAGAACAUGUCAACAGUGGAAUCUUAACACUCCACAGUACAGCUACAAUCACCAGCUGGGCAGCAUUAAUUACUGCCGCAAUCCGGAUAACGAUGCUGGACCCUGGUGCUACACAACCGAUAAAAAUGUCCGAUGGGAAUACUGCUUCAAGGACUGCGGAUAUGCGUCUACGGACCCAGAUGACCCUCUUUACUGUGUGAAAAAUGACAAGACCUGCACGUAUAAAAAUAUGCCGUUGUGUAAGGAUCGCAUACCCGGCUGGGCAAUGGAUCUUCCAGACUGCGAUGAUCGCGGUGCAUGCAUCAAUGAAGCUGACGGAUGCAUUCGGGAUCAAAGCCUAAGUUGUAAGCCAGAGAUUUACGAGUAUAAAGGACCGAGAUUUACGAGUGCUGAAGGCAUGCCAUGUGCUGGAAGCCCAUCUAGCGAUCCAUCGAUUCGCUGUUGGGGAGAUCACGGACCGACGUAUUAUAACACCACACCUUUCUGUUACGUCAACCCGGCCACUCAAGAGGAAAGAGACUUAUGUUUCAAGAUAUGCGAGUCAGAGAUAUUGAAGACGUUACGAGCCAAACCUCGUGCGUACAUUCAGAGCAAAUGGUCCAUCCCUGACCCGGCAAAAUUCGUAUUUGUUGUCAACAGCAAUCAGCUCGCGUUUGUUCCAUACCGAUACGGCGCAGAUAUCAACGACGAGAAAAUCCGCUUGUACGAUUUGAAAACGGGGUCAUGGCUGGGAGACAGAACAGUGAGCGGCCUGUUCGAAACGCUGAGCAACAAAUACUACAACCCGCAGUUUCUGCAAGGAUACGGUGUUUUCGUGGGAUCCCAGUACUGCCGACUGGAUGACGUCACGGUGAAGGCGGUUGACUGCGAAAACGUGUACACCAGCACGAAGUGGGCGGAUCUGCGACGCUUCUCCAGCGGACCCGGCGAUUUUGACCUGGUCUUCCGGGCGGACAGUUUAGCCUUUUUCUUCAAAGGCGCCGAAUAUCUGGUGUACGAUUUGCAAGCAGGAAAGGCGUUGCCCUUUUAUCCGCGCCCAACCAAGGAAUUCCUUUACAAAGUCGGCAUUCUCGGCACAUCGUUUGCUGCACUGGUUUAGCUACACAAGUCCUCGAAUUACCAAUUUAAAAGUUGACUGCAUAGCUUGCAUUAAUUCGUAACAAUCAACUUUGACAAUAAAGAAAUUAAAGCGCGGAAUUAACUUACUGAUGUUUGAGGGGUUUUUUCCUUUAAUAUUGUAUGUAUGAUGUUUGUGCUUCAAGGUAGGUGCAGUUCUAUUUUGUCAGGCAAUGUUUGAGGCUUUGAGCUAAAAAGCUUGUGGUCAGAAAACUGUAAUAAAAUCUGUUUUUUUUAUCUAGCUUGAAUCAGGUAUAAAACGGUACGCACUCUACUUAGAAGUUUUUUCGAGUUUUUUUUUUAACUGGCGCUGUAUAUUUAAACGAUAAGUUUUGUCAGAAAAGUUGUCGGUUGUUGCAAUACAAUUACCGGAGAUUGAAUUUGCUGAUCAAUCAAAA